AUGCGUUUCUAUCCCAAUGCCAACAUUAGUAUUUAUUGGGAAUUUAAUCCCUGGAAUCUGUAUUGUCGUGUACCACAAAAAUCAUGGAAGCGUCCGUCGCCAUUAGAGGGCAAACAUACGAUAGCCUAUUGGCGUGACAUCAAUGGAAGUCGUAUGGAAAAAAUCACACAGAAAAAUCUACAUAUUCCGAAUUGGUCUAUAUCACGAAUACGAUCACAGGCUUGUUUACCGCUCUAUUAUGGUGUGGGUGAGAGGUUUAUACGUUUGGAAAAGGCUGAACCAGCUGGAUAUAAAUGUUCACCGAUGCCUUUGAAUUUGCAAGAAGCUAGGGAGAUCCGAAGGCAGGAGAAACAAUUGGCAAUGGAAGAACGUCUGAGGCAAAAGGAACAUGCAAAAAUUGCAAAAGCAGAUGAACGUGAUGAGUUUUAUCGUACGACCAACUCCAUUCAUACCCAUGGAUGA